CCGCCGCCCGGGGCCGCUGUGGUGCCCGCCUUCACUAGCGCCCAAGAUGGCAGCGGUGGCGCUGCUUCGGGGCGCGGCUGCGGGGCGCAAGAGCCCGGCCUGGCGCUGGCGGCAGAGCGGAAUCACGAGGCGCUGCCUGGCCCCUGGCCCCGGCCUUCUCAGCCGCAACCCCACGGACGAUGUGGCCUGGACUUGCUUCCGGCUGGACGGGCGCGCCUUAGUGCGCGUGCGUGGCCCGGACGCUGCACCCUUCCUGUUGGGACUAUUGACCAAUGAGCUGCCGCUUUCGGGGCCUCCGACCGGCGCGGCUCAGACCUCUGCGCGUGCGGCAUAUGCCCAUUUCCUGAAUGUGCAGGGACGCACGCUCUAUGACGUCAUUCUGUAUGGACUCCUGGAGGGUACGGAGGAGGCACCAAGUUUUCUCCUGGAGUGUGACAGCUCUGUGCUGAGUGCCCUACAGAAGCACCUCACUGUGUACAAGAUCCGGCGGAAGGUCACUGUGGAGCCACAUCCGGAGCUACACGUGUGGGCUGUGCUACCUUGUGCCUCCCAAACCUCUGAGGCUGCACCUCUAGAAGAGAAGGUAGAAGCCACCACCAUGCUUAUCCGUGACCCCCGGACUGCACGUAUGGGGUGGCGGCUUCUCACUCAGGAUGAUGGCCCAGCCCUGGUGCCCAGGGGACAGCUUGGGGACCUCCAAGAUUAUCACAUGUACCGGUACCAGCAAGGCAUCCCUGAGGGAGUCUGUGAUCUUCCCCCAGGGAUGGCCCUACCUCUGGAAUCCAACCUGGUCUUCAUGAAUGGCGUGAGCUUCACUAAGGGCUGCUACAUCGGGCAGGAGUUGACAGCCCGAACUCACCACACAGGUGUCAUUCGCAAGCGCCUCUUCCCUGUGAAACUUGAAGGCCCCCUGCCUGCCAGUGGCAUCAGCCCUGGCACCUUAGUGAUAGUGACUGCAACAGGCCAGUCAGCGGGCAAGUUCAGGGCUGGCCAGGGACAUGUGGGACUGGCUUUGCUGCGGUCAGAGACAAUAAAGGGUCCUCUCCACAUCAAGACCUCCGAGAGCCAACUGGUGGCUGUGACUGCCACGGUGCCAAACUGGUGGCCCACAGCUACCAAGUAGCUGGAUGCUCUGGAGCUCCACCGGCCUUAGAGUUACCAGAUUCCUUUGAGCCUCUGCCCAGGGUCUUCUACUCUAUAUGCUGCACCCUGUUGGGUAUGAGUUCCUCCUCCUGUGGUGGCCUCCUGGAACACACCCACUAGGAAAGUUCCAUGUGUUCCAGGCUACAGAUUGGCUGAUGCUUCCUACAGAUGUGGACUGUCGUCUCUCAAGAAGUCUGACUGACAGCAGAGUGACCACAUGAUGCCGGGAGAGAGAAGGGUCUGAGCUCCCAUUUGGACCAGAUUCGGAACAAGAUUUGGUACAGUCCAUAUGCCAGGACUAUAGGCCUAUGUUGACAUAGGCCUAUGUCAGGAGCCAGGUCUCUAACCUUGUUUCCCUUUGGAGGAAGAAACUCUGUGUGCCUGCAUAGUUGCUGGGCCAGGCUUUGUGUUCUUUUGAAACUCAUCUCAGGGCAGAGAUUAUAUAGGUUGUGUGCAGGGUCAGGAGUUUGGAUCCCUUAGAUUGGGAGAUGUGUUCUGUGAGCCACAGGGACUACAUGUCUACUGUCUCAAGAGCUCUGUUCACUCCUCAAAGUGAGCUGCUGUCUUCUCAUAUUUCCCUGGAUGCUCUAGGAGGGGUGGAGCCCAGGGCUCAGGUCCAUCUGGGAGGGGCCUCCUCUGCUCAGCUAGCCUUUUUGCUGGUUUGGGAUGUCACUAUGCUUUUAGUAGGGAGUGACUUGCUGGCCACUGGUGGGGUGCAUGCCUCCCUCUGAACCACUUUUUCUAACCUUUGUAAUGUGAACUGGGGGUGUCUUGCCAUAAAGCUCAAGGACUAGUAAAGUGUGGUCUGCAAACA